UGACGAUUGUUGCGCAAGGUUGCAUCUUGACAAAUCGUAAGUGCGUCUAUUCCCGAAAUUGUCAUCGUUGAGCUGUACUUUGGUAUCACGUAUUACAUUGAGCCUUUUUGUUCAACCCAGCAGAACGUGCCGCAAUCGAGAUGAGUUUACAGUGGACCUUAAUCGCCGGUUUCCUCUACGUAGAGAUCGCAGUUGUUUUGUUGCUGGUCUUGCCAGUGGCGAGCCCAAAAAAAUGGAAUCGACUUUUCAAGUCACGCUUCAUGCAGAGCCUGCAAUACCAGGCAGGAAUUUAUUUCCUCAUUCUCAUUGCCAUCCUCGUCCUAUUCCUGCUGGACGCCAUCCGCGAAAUGAGAAAAUACUCGACCAUAGAAGCCGAAAAUGAUCACAAACAUCUUGAUGCUGAGAUGCAAGGCAACAUGCGUCUGUUCCGUGCACAGAGAAACUUUUACAUUUCUGGUUUUGCCCUGUUCCUAUCAUUGGUCAUCAGGCGUUUGGUUAGCUUGAUCUCCUCCCAAGCAGCUCUCUUGGCCCAGUCUGAAGCAGCCAUUAGCCAAGCUAAGAGUGCUACCACCACUGCUAGGUCACUUUUGGAUCAGGCCAGCAAAGGCAAGCAGGAGGAUGGAGAUAAGGAGACUGCUCACAAUGAAGCUAUCACUGAAUUCAAGAAGAUAAUCAAGGAUCUGGAAGGCAAGUUAGAGUCUUCUAAGAAGGAUAAGGAGGCACUAUCCACUCAGUCCAAGAAUCUGAGUAUUGAAUAUGACAGGUUGGCUGAGGAACACAGCAAGCUCCAGAAGAAAGUAACUGUGUCUGGGGGUGAUAAGAAGGAUGACUGAUUGACUUAUUUAUUUACAAGUUGAAUUCGUUUUUUUUUUAUAUAAUUGUAAUUUUUUAAUAUUUAUGUGUUAGC